AUGUCUGGUCUCAUCAACAAGGUCAAGGAAGCCAUCCACUCGGACAAGUCCACCGAGCAGCCUGAGGGCACACACGGACCUCACUCCUCCAGAGUCGCCAACACUGCCGAUCCCCGAGUUGACUCUGACCGCGAUCACCGUGCUGGCCACUCCUCCAACCUCACUGGCACUGGCGACUACUCGACUGGCACCAACUACACCACUGAUACCCGCAACACCCGUGGCACCGACGGCCCUGCCACCAGCACUGAUGGCCCUCACAAGUCCAACGUGAUGAACAAGAUGGACCCUCGAGUCGACUCUGACCGCGACCACAGCCGCAACAUGGGAGCCAACCCUCACGGCACCUCUGGUACCGGCGCCUACAACGCCUCUGAUUCUACCCGAACUGGUGGCAUUGGUGGCACAACUGGCACAACUGGUACAACUGGUACAACUGGUAUUGGUGGCACAACUGGCAUUGGUGGCACAACUGGCACAACUGGUACAACUGGCUACUCCAGCCGUGACACUUCUCUUCCUGAGGGCACUGCCGGCCCCCACAGCUCUCGCAUGGCCAACGCCGCCGACCCUCGCGUUGACUCUGAUCGCGAUGGUAGCCGCACCGCUGGUACUGGUACCUAUGGCACUUCUACCACCGGCCACACUGGCACUCACGGCACUCAUGGCACUCAUGGCACUCAUGGCACUCAUGGCACUACCGGUUUCGGAAGUCGUGAUACCUCUCUCCCUGAAGGAACUACUGGGCCCCACAGCUCUCGCAUGGCCAACGCCGCUGACCCCCGUGUCGACUCUGACCGCGACGGCAGCCGCACCGCUGGUACUGGCACCUAUGGCCAGACCACCGUUGGCGGUGGAAUCGGCGGUACCACUGGCACCUCUGGCUUCCCCAGCGCCGGUACUGGUGCUCACGGCCCUUCCGGUCACUCUUCCGGUCUUCCUGAGGGUUCCACUGGCCCUCACAACUCUCGCGUUGCCAACGCUGCCGACCCUCGUGUCGACUCUGACCUCGACGGUAGCCGCAAUCUUGGCAACCGUGGUGCUGGUGCUGGCACCACCAACUACGGAUCUUCCACUGGUACCCACGGUACCCACGGUACCCACGGUACUCACGGUACCCAGGGCACCAGCCUCGGUGGCGCUGGCGGCGCUUACGGCACCGGCCCUGCUCCCAGCACUGCCGGACCUCACAAGUCCGACAUGAUGAACAAGGCCGACCCCCGCGUGGACAGCGACCUCGACGGCAGCAAGACUGUCGGCCGCGACAAGACUUUCGAGCGCUCGAACGACUAUGCUGGCAAGGACCCCACAGAUGCGGCCCAGGUUCCCCCCUCUGUCCUGCAGAAGCAUGUGCCAUCCGAGAUCCAUCAUGAGCACGAUGAGCACGACCACACGCGACGACACAGCGUUUCCCACCAGGAGAAGCACCGGGGCCUGUGA